AUGGAGCACAAGAACUUCACCUACUCAGUCAAGAGCCGCUACAACGGGACCGUGUACUACAUUUGUAGUCACUUCCGAUCGGCCAGUAGCCCUGCUCGUCUGAUCAUCAAGUCUAGCGGAGCUAUUGAAGAAGUCGGUGAGCACGCGUGUGUGCGCGAAUCUGAGACGGUGAUAGAAGCUACGGAGGAGAUGAGAGAGGUUCUUGAGGCCCUCGCGACUACCGACAUGUCGGUUGUGCCGUCUGCAGUGUGGAAGGCUGCGAUCCGACACCUCCAUCGCAAGCACGGCGAGAAUACCAGCCUCCGCUACCUGCCCCGACACAGGGCUCGGUGGACGCACUGCAGGACUGGUUAG